CUGCCGUUGGCCGGCGCGGUUGGUUGUUCGGAGAGUAAUGGCAGCUGCCGGGCGGGGGUGGUCGUUCGUUCAGUCGUAUUGACUGAGCGCUUACUGGGUGCGGAGCACUGUGCUGAGCGCUUGAAGGGCGCAGACCGCGAUCCCCCCACCCCGCGGGGAGGCCCAGCCAGAAAACGAGGAAAAACCGGCCUAAUGAUGGCGUAUUCAACUUCUUCCCAAAUUACUCUGGUUCUGGUUUUUGGAUUCACUCUUGGCUGAAUACGACUUACUGUGACUUUAGCUAAAAAAGUAAACAGGUCAUGGCACGCUUAACUAAAAGACGACAGGCGGAUACAAAAGCUAUCCAGCAUCUUUGGGCAGCUAUUGAGAUCAUCCGGAACCAGAAGCAAAUUGCUAACAUUGACCGUAUUACAAAGUAUAUGUCCCGAGUCCAUGGUAUGCAUCCAAAAGAGACCACCCGUCAGCUGAGCUUAGCGGUGAAAGAUGGUCUUAUUGUUGAAACUCUAACUGUGGGCUGCAAGGGAUCAAAAGCUGGUAUUGAACAAGAAGGAUAUUGGUUGCCAGGAGAUGAGAUUGCCUACAGUAUGCAGCCUUUCUCCCGGACAACAACCAAAAACAAGGACUGGGAAACAGAAAAUCAUGACUGGUAUUGUUUUGAAUGCCAUUUGCCUGGAGAGGUGUUGAUAUGUGACCUGUGUUUUCGUGUGUAUCAUUCCAAGUGUUUGUCUGAUGAGUUCAGGCUUAGAGACAGCAGUAGUCACUGGCAGUGCCCAGUUUGCAGGAGCAUUAAGAAGAAAAACACAAGCAAACAGGAGAUGAGCACAUAUCUACGAUUCAUUGUGUCCCGCAUGAAGGAGCGGGCCAUAGACCUAAACAAAAAGGGAAAGGACAAUAAACACCCAAUGUACAGAAGGCUUGUACACUCAGCUGUCGAUGUCCCUACCAUUCAAGAGAAAGUGAAUGAAGGAAAGUACAGAAGUUACGAGGAAUUCAAAGCUGAUGCUCAACUGCUUCUUCACAAUACAGUGAUUUUCUACGGAGCGGACAGUGAGCAAGCUGAUAUAGCCAGAAUGCUUUACAAAGACACAUGCCAUGAGCUGGAUGAACUGCAGCUUUGCAAAAAUUGUUUUUAUUUGUCAAAUGCCCGCCCUGACAACUGGUUCUGCUAUCCUUGCAUACCUAAUCAUGAGCUGGUUUGGGCCAAAAUGAAAGGCUUUGGGUUUUGGCCAGCUAAAGUCAUGCAGAAAGAGGACAAUCAGGUUGACGUUCGUUUCUUUGGUCACCAUCACCAGAGGGCAUGGAUUCCUUCUGAAAAUAUCCAAGAUAUCACAGUUAAUAUCCAUCGGUUGCAUGUGAAGCGCAGUAUGGGCUGGAAAAAGGCCUGUGAUGAGCUGGAACUGCACCAGCGUUUCCUUCGGGAAGGAAGAUUUUGGAAAUCUAAGAAUGAAGACCGGGGUGAGGAGGAGGCAGAGUCCAGCAUCUCCUCUACCAGCAAUGAGCAGCUGAAGGUCACUCAGGAACCCAGAGCAAAGAAAGGACGACGGAAUCAAAGUGUGGAGCCCAAAAAGGAAGAGCCAGAACCUGAAACUGAAGCUGUAAGUUCCAGCCAGGAAAUCCCCACAAUGCCUCAGCCAAUUGAAAAGGUUUCCGUGUCAACCCAGACCAAGAAGUUAAGUGCCUCUUCUCCAAGAAUGCUGCAUCGGAGCACCCAGACCUCCAAUGACGGAGUGUGUCAGAACAUGUGCCAUGACAAAUACACCAAAGUCUUCAAUGACUUCAAAGACAGAAUGAAGUCUGAUCACAAGCGGGAGACCGAACGCGUUGUGAGAGAAGCACUGGAGAAGCUGCGUACAGAGAUGGAGGAAGAAAAAAGGCAGGCUGUAAAUAAAGCUGUGGCCAACAUGCAGGGAGAGAUGGACAAAAAAUGUAAGCAGGUAAAGGAAAAGUGUAAAGAAGAAUUUGUAGAAGAAAUUAGGAAGCUAGCGGCCCAGCACAAGCAACUGAUUUCCCAGACUAAGAAGAAGCAGUGGUGCUACAACUGUGAAGAGGAAGCCAUGUACCACUGCUGCUGGAACACAUCCUACUGCUCCAUCAAGUGUCAGCAGGAGCACUGGCAUGCGGAACACAAACGCACCUGUCGCAGAAAAAGAUGAAAGAUGCAUUCCUCCUCCUCCUCUUUCUCCUCCUCCUCCUCUAGAGAAUCACCCCGAUGAUUGCUAUUCUCAGACACAGCGGUUUUUGUUUCCAAGAAGCCAAAAUUGUUUAGAAUUUGCUUCCCAUUUUGCACCAGCCUUUAAACACUUUUUGUGAAGAAAUUUUGCACAGUAGUUUUAAUCUUCUGUUACAGAUCCCUCCGGAUUGUCCGUGAGUAAAAGUAACAUCAGUGGAGGGUAUCGUUAUUUAAAAAUACGGAAAAAAAAAAAAUCAAUUGAGAAUUUGUUGCAUUUUCAGCAAAUUUUAAAACAUUUUUAGGUUUUACAGAGAUUUUAACCUUUAGAUGAUCUUUCAGAAACAACAGGUAUACAAGUGAGUUUAACAGAGAAACAGUGAAAGUAGAUCUGAAUGUAAGAACAACUACGAAAACUGUUUCAGAAAGGAAACAUACUACCUUGAAGUAACAUUUAUUUCUUAACCUUGUUGAGCUGGUUUUGUUCAGCUUGAUUUACUGUUUAAAGGCAUUAUCUAUUGGUUGUACCAGUGGGUAUGAGAUUGAAUUUAGGGAACAGGGUUGACACAGCAGGUCCUAGUCCUGCAUAUUUUUUCUUAAAUAUUUCCCAAUUGUGUUUUUCAUUAUUUCUUUUCAAUAUAUAACUUUUAUAACAAAUUAUUAGCUUUGAUCUUGUAGUUUAAAGUUGCAGGGAACUGGGGUAAUCUUUUACUGAGCUGGAUCUUAGAGAAAAUGAAUAUUUAAACUUUUAAAGUUUGCACAUUUCAUCUUUGUCCUAACACGAGUGCUUGUAAACAAAAAAAAAAAAGAGAGAAAAAGCCAAAAACUACCUUUCUCCACCAUACAUGAAAUGAUCGAUGAGGCAUAUGAAAUUUCGUAUAACGCUUCCCUUCCCUCCCCAGAUGUCAUCUGACUGCCUAUUAUUAUCUGGUGUCACCUAUUCCAUUGCAACUUAAUACUGAAAGGAAAAGAAAGCACUUAACGUUUCACAGAAGCCGUUAUGUUUGUAGUAAUGGGUCAUUGCCUAUUGAUGAGCUCCACCCCUGUACACAGAAUGAAGAAUAAUGCAUGUUGAUUUCUUGUAUUAAAGAUGCCGUGAUUUGUAAAAAGUCUGUAUUUUGCGGAAUGUCUGGAUUAAGAAGCAUUACCAAUAGGAAUGGAUCGAUAGUUGAUUAAUUAAUGAUUUUUUUAUAUAUAGAUAUAUAAAUUGCAUCAAUGGUCAGAAACCUUUUUUUUUUUAACUAGAUGUAAAAUGUAAAUUUUUCUUUCGAAAUGUCUCAAGUUUUAAGUUUUUUUUUUCUUCCCAAGGCUGAUUGAUCUUAGACCAAGUCAAGUUCCCAUUUUCCAUCUAGCUAUUUUUUUGAGAAGAGGAAUAAUUUGUAAAUAUUUAUUUAGAUCAUUGAUAUUUAUUAAAAGCAAUCCCACCCACGGAAGUGAAAGAAUCGGGAGAAAAGCCUUUUAAAAAGUUUUCUCUGGGUUUGGUCAGGGUCACUCUAAAGAUGAAAAUGCCACUAAGUCUUCUGUGAAAUAUCAUCAAAUCCUGUUCUUUUUCGCAUACAGUGGUGACACAACCGAAUUAGCUCCUGCCAACUAGUCCACACUAUUCUAUGGAGCGUCCCGGUAGCCCCAGGAAAACCAGUGCAGCAGGAGUAACACAACAACAGGCGUGUUAAGGUUAGAGGUGGCUGGGUAAUCGGUGUGUGUUGCCACUGGGUUGUGAUGCCAGUGAAGUAGAUCGCAACCGAGGAAUAUAAACCCCGUUCGAUUUUUUUCAAAUUUCCAGAACUUCGAUCCACCCCUAUGAAAGCGAGUUAUUGUGGAAAUAUUUUUGGUGUAAAAUCAUUCCAGAGUAUGUAAUAUUUAACUGAUAGCUGCAUGAAAGUAAGAUUCGUGUUACUUUGGCUUUUUUGUCUCUGUUGACACGGUUGCACAUUUCCAAGUUACUACGGCGUGAAAACUGUGUGUUUAAGAAAAAAAAACAACAAAAACAACAAAAAAAAAAAUAAGAGAUUGUGGCCUGGUUUUUGUAUAAGUUUUAGGUAAAAUUACAAUUGAUUGUUUUAGGAAUCAUUAUUAAAAAUUAAUUUUCUGCAAAUCAUAAAGCUAUAUUAAGGUGUUGAGCUUAGCCACUCUGCACAUUGUAAUUAUUCAUUGUGGCUGUCCAGUUCUAUGAUGCAUUCUGGCAUUUUGUAAGCUGCUCUGACUAGCAAUAUAUAGAGUCAUUUAAUGUGUUAACAUUGGUUAAUAAAUGUAUUUAAAAAAACCA